AUGCAGCCGCAGCAGCGGACCAAGGCGGUGGCGGUGGUGAGGAUGAUGAUGACCGCGAUUGCGACGCUGCUGGUGCUCUUGCUGCUGACGUGCACUGCUGUUAAUGUGCAUGGCGCAGGGCCGAGCUGCCUCCCGCGCACGGCGCUGUACGUCGAGGACACCUGGCGUGUCAUUGGGUCCAACCUUGAUGCCGCCGAGUACUCGGCAGCAACCACGUGCGAGUGGCACAUUCAAGGGCCACCAUCAUCGCGCAUUGUGUUGCACAUGCUCAAUUUCACAACGGAGUGCAGCUAUGACUUCGUGCACAUCUACGAUGGAGGCACUCACCAGCAUCCCCGCAUCGGUUCUCUAUCGGGAGCUGCUUCGCCGCCUCCCAUCGUAUCCUCGUCCAAUGAGGUGAAGACUGCCGCGUGA